UUUCAAUCUCGUCCGAGACGUUUAUAGCUUCCUGUAAAUUCCUCGAUACAUCGUUAGCGCGUAAAAUACGGGUCAACAGAGAAGAGAUCAAACGUGGAAAAUCAUCGUAGCUCGUCCGAUUUCUCGCAUGACCAGAAGCCCAGAGAUUGCAUCUCUAGAAUUAUCGUAGAAUUCUUUCGAUUGGCUCUUCUCUCUUUUUUGUCUUUUUCUCUGUUAUUCAUGCGAGAUGGAAUAUGUGAAAAAUCGAGAGACAUAGAAUAUGUAUAGUAAAUUGCGACGAUUGUAUAUACAUAUAAAUAUAUUGUUUAAUGAUGUCAGCGUUGAGGGGUUGUUACGCUCUGUCUCGGCGUCACAAGUAUUGAUCUCCACGAAGCGACUAUGCGAAUGAAGUAUAUGCGUUUCUCCGAAAAAUUUCGGAAAUAGAUUUUUAUCUCUCUCUCUCUCUCUCUCUCUCUCGUUCAUUCUUCCUUCCUUUCUUCAACAGGCUAUUUAUUAUUCCACCCUCGUUUUGUUACGUUGACGUUUUUUCACGAGCUAGAUCGUACGAGUUAUCUAAUAUAUGCGUACGUGCAUGUGCCUGUCCAUUAGAAAAAUUUCUAUUACGUAAUCUGCAGAUACAUUCAAAUGUUACAACCUUUUCUUUAGAUUUUCACUCAAAAAUCUUUCAAUACGUAGAACGAUUCGUUAGUUCGAUCUGAGAUAGAUUCAUAUUCUCUUUUCGUUUAUUUCCUCGCUUUCGUCGUUCCUUCAUCGUUCCUCUCUCUCUCUCUCUCUCUCUCUAUAUAUAUAUAUAUAUAUAUAUAUACAUAUAUACAUAUAUACAUAUUUCUCUCCCCUAUUGGAAUCCCGCCGCGUCAAGGGUCUCGCACCAAUGCGUUGGAGCACUUAACGUAAAACACAUUAGCAUAUUCGGUGGACCCUGAAUUUUGCUGUCGCUGCAAGUCAGUUAACAAAGUCAGGUGGUUCGACCGAAACUAGUUUAUUAUACUGUACGUAUUCCCUUUGAUAUCACGCGUGUACGCGUACAGAUAUAUAUUUCAUCUUCGUUCGCGCCCAGAAGAUACGACCCUUGUAUGUGUAUUUUCUUCCAACGACGAAUAAAAUAUCUUAAAAAUAAUAAAGUCGCUAAUCCGUACUUGAUCGAUAUCCGACAAUGAGAAUCGAUUAUUUAAAGUUGGACGUUUUAAUUUCACAACGGUAACGGUGCAAGCUUCGGAGCACCGCAUGUUGCUCGAUCGGAUAGAAUAAUGGGGAAAGAUCAAUCGUACGUACAUAACAUCUCUCCAACGACAGACAACUAAUUUUGCCGAUAGAAAUAUAUUAGGCUGCAAGGAGGAGUCAAAGGAUAACCUUUCCUCGCAAUUAUCCAAUUAUUGACGUCCGACAAAAGGAUCUCCUCCUCCUCCAUCAUUGAAACAAUUUAGAAAAUCACGUUUCCUAAUAAAUGGCUUUCUCCUUUUUUGCUUUUCGAUGAAAAAUUGAGAAAGGAAACUCGAUUUUUAUGAGUACGCGUUAUGACAAUUGUUAAAAUUUCAAGGAAAGAAAAAGAUAGAGACGCUUAGACCCCUCACAUUAUACACUACGUAAAUAAAACUCCGUGUCAGAUCCGAGGAUCUAACGAGCGUGGAAUCAUUAGUCGAUAAGAUAAAAAGAAAUUCGAUGAAUUCAUGGUGCUUCGAUCUUCAUGGGUGAAGAAACAUAUGUACGUGCUCGUAACCCGAAGAGAUCCAUUGGGAAUGAUUCGUGGUAGGUAUCGUGGGAGGUUGACGCGAUGGAGGAGAUCAUCAAGUACACGAUCAAAUGUUUACUCAAUGACGGACUGCUUGGUUGCUUCGUCAAUUCGAUCAUUUUGAAUAAUAGAUUGAUCAAGAUAUGCCAAGAAUUGGACGCCUUGGGUUUCGAUUCGAACGUCUUUAAUAAUUUCUAUUUUUCGAGGGGACAUCGUGAGAAAGAUUGCGUGUUAUUAGAGAAAGGAAGAAGAAGAAGAAGAAGAAGAGACGGAGAAAAAAUGAGAAAAAAAGAGGAGGAAGAAAAGAGUCGAGAAGAUUUUUCUCUUGAUCUUAGGGCAGAAGUUAUUUUAGGAAGUAAGAAAGUAUCUGCAGGAUCCAUCUAUCCGUUGAACGGAAGUGCUUGUAAAAGAGCAGCUACUUAUGAUUCUCCUAGCAACGAAAAAAUCGAUCGUAACGAACGUAUGAAAUCGCAGGGCACCUUCGAAUCAACCCUGGACCAUUAUUCCUGUCGAUUGGAAAAUUCUUCCAACUUGUCCGACGCGGUACGCUACGCGAAUGGGAAUGAUAGUAACGCCGAUAGGAAAGUCAAAGGGAAAAAAUGUCGAAAUUUAUUUGUGCCGUGGGACUGUCGUUGUCGUCGUCAUCGUCGUCGUAGUUGUCGUUGUUGCCGUCGUUGCUCGAUGUCGUUAAAGCCACGGAUGAGAAGACAACGUCGUUUAUCUUUGCCCUUUAAAGCCGACGAUGUGACGAGGGAGAUUUUCAAGGUCGAUCCAACUCUCCUCCUCUCAGGCGAAUCUUGUCUGAUCGCGACUAAAAGAAAAUUCGAAAUGGGAAUAUUGAGCGUUUGUUCCUGCCUUAACGACGUCGUUCGAAAAAUAUUCAGCGAAACUUCUAUCGUGGAGCUACGUUUGAUUUUGGACAUUCGUAAAGAUUACAUCACCUUCAAAUUGACAGGUAGAAGAAGUCAGGAGGCGAGGUCCUGUCUCUUGUUUGCGAAUCGAGUCCGAGUACCGAUCCGUCAGAGCGUGCACAGGCUAGACGUCGGGAUUAUUACCAAAGGCGAUAUUGGCCCGAUCGACCAAGGUAUAAUAUUGAACAUCGACGAGAAUAUAAAGGAAAAGGAUGAUUCAUCGAUCGAAGGAAAAGAAGAGGAUGAUGAGAUGAAAGGGAAAAGGAAGGUCCUAACGGAGAAUAUCAGUGACGAUUGUACGACAAGUAAACGACUCGAUGUUGAUCCUACGUGUCUUUCGAACGAAGACAUUUUAUUCGAUCGAACUGUCUUCUGUCGUCCUUCUUGCGAGACUCCGAUCGUCCUGUCCCAUCAUCGGUCGAUCGACGAAAACGCGAAUAUUUUGAAUCCUUGUUCGUCGAAUAUUUCCAAGAACAAGGAUGACACGUUGAAUUUGACAAAGUCAUCAAAGGAAGAGGAAGAGGAAGAGGAAGAGGAAGAGGAAGAGGAAGAGGAAGAGGAAGAGGAAUUGAACGAAGACGUUUGCGCCCAAAGGCUUUGCAGUUUGGUAACCAAAGAUGAGAUCGUUCGUACGGUCGAGACGAGAGAAGAAAAGGAAGAAAUCGUUAUUAGCAGUUCGAUGAGCAUGGACAGUUUAACGAGGAGGAAAGAAGUAUUACUUUCUAAAGAAGUAGCGAACCUCGAUGAUUGUGACUCGAGAUGUUCCUGCCGUUCGAAAGUUUCUUCAUUUUCGUACGCGGGACGAAAAAGCGAGGAAAAGCUUCAAGGUGCGUUGGGAGACAAGAUCGAACGAGUAGAGAAUUCAUCCGUGAUUGGUGAAAAGGAUAUUCGAAGGGAGCAAGAUCACGGGGUUCAACUCUGUCCGAUCGAAAAAAGAGAAAAUCAUAGGGAGGAUCAUAGGGACUUUGUAUCGUUGUCGAUUCAAACGUCAAGAACGAGGUAUUGCGCGAACGCUAGUUCGACCGUUAUAGUCGCAGCCGAUGGCAACGAUAGAAGGAAGGGAUCAGGAUCGCGAACGAAAGUAAGAGAAGGACGACUUCGCGAUAAAGAGUCGUCGAGAACGACUCUUUAUUUUAAAAUGCCGAGGAGGAAAAAGGAGGGUGGAUUUUUAGAAAGCGAUUGCAAGAAACGCUUCCUCGUGGGAAAAUAUAAGAAUCGUUUGCCAUACGUUUCUACCUGUAGGAAAUGUUUCUAUAAUCGAAAGCGAAGGGAGCUUUCGAGUGGCGAGCCAUGGAUCUCGAGAAUAGAAAAUUACGUUGGCUUUCGAGAUUCGAACUUGUUUUCAAAGAGUUUUUACGGCGGGAGGAGAUCCAUUGGCCGGCUUAGAAACAUGCUCCGCGCGAAUUUACGAAGAUUAAUGAAGAGGGGUAAAGCCGAGGUAAACGUCGAGGGGACUGCCGAUCGCUCCGGAGGACCGUCGAGGAAGGAACUUUAUCGAAGGGGAGAAAACGGAAGAGAUAGGAAAGGAACGAAAGAUGGAUCUCCGUUCUCAAACGGUCAAAUUCCGAACUAUUUCGAUCGUAUUACGAUUUACGAUUUACGAUCGUCCUUCGACGAUCGUUCCUCAAAAGUUCGCCGAUCGACGAUCCAUUCCCUAUCGAAAUUCAAAGAAGGAUCGCCAACUCGCCGGGAUUAUUUAUAUAUACCGAUUGGUCCACGACGAUCGAACAAAGGAAGUAUUAAACUCGUCGACGGAUUUACGUCUCGUUCUCGUAAUCGCGAUCUCGUUGGCACGACGAAAUUCCUUUCCGAGAUGAAAAGAAAUUUCACGGACGUUGAAAGUGGAAGAAAAUCUAAGGAGAUACGAAAGACGUCAUGCGAAAAUAGAAAGGAACUUUUUUCGUACGAACGAUCCGUCGACGAUUACGAGAAACCUAUCAGCGAUCUUGGUUUAGAUUUUCGAUACAAGUUGGAACAAUAUGUCGCCCUAUGUAAGAACAUUAGAUAUUCUUUUUUGGAUAAUGGGAAAGGGGAGGAUGUUAGAACCAAACAAUAAAUUCUUAUUUGGCCUCGCACGAACGAGGUUGAUAACUUGCUCGUUAUUCGAGGAUGAAAGGGAAAAUUGUUAAUGAUACAAUCGAGUACGUACGACGGGGAAUAUUAGUUUUAGUUUUUCUUUUUUUCCCUCGACUCUUCAAUCCUACCGAUUUAGAAGCAACUGAAUUGAUAGUACGUACGAACCGAGGUAGAAUUGGAAAUACAAAUAUUCGCGAUAUUAUUCGCCCGAGGAGGACGAGAAGAUGAUAGUGAAAUUCGAGUUAUUCGGGUCGUAGGACUGUCGGUGGUGCGAGGAUAAAGAAUGACAGAGCUACCAUUCAGAGAACAGCAGGCAGCCUCUGGAGCAGAUCGAUAUUUCCUGGCAACCGUGGAGAGGGUGCCCACGCCGCGACCGCUUUACCCUCUGUUUGUAACAAUGCGAGUCGGCUUCUAACGUCUAGCGAUGGAUUUGAGCCAACGCACCGAUAGACAAGACUCAUCUUAAUUUCGUCGAUCACCGAACAUAUCUUUACUUACUCCCUAUCUAUUCAUUUUCUCACCUUCGACCUAUUAUAUUGUAUUAUAUUAUCGAGCGAUUAAGUAAAAUGUCCUUGCUCCUUCGUCUUAUUUAUUUUUUUAAUUUUAAGAACGAGAUAAUAAAGAGAAAUUAGAGAGGAGAAAUAAAUCCGUUCGGAUGAAAUUUUUUCGUUCCGGGAGAGAGAAAGAGAAGAAGACCAACGCGUAUAUUUUCAUUAAAAUACGACGAUCCUCCUUUUGAGAGACCUACGGUAUUUGCAUAAAGAAACGUUGAAAUUAAUUGGCAAGGGCUUUCAUUUGCCAAUGACAACGAGAGCUUGGUUCGAUCUCGUCUCAACUCUUAGUUAAUAUCCAUUUGCGAAAUCACUUCGAUCUCAACCGAUUAUUCAACAAAAUAAAAUAGUAACUUUAAGAUAGCAAAAGGUAGAAAUAUAUUUAUAACAAUAUCGUAUGUCCGAUAGAAAGCCUCGAGCUUGACCUUGUUAUAUUUGACAAAUAUCAUAGAGAAAGCUAAUCACCGACGGAUAAGGAUUAAAUAUCGAAAAAUUCAUGAGUCACGAUUGAAAUCGAUCAAAUUCGUUAUUAGAUCGAAUAAUAAGCGAAGGAAGACGAUCGGAGCUCGAUCCAAGGUACGAUCGUUGAACGUAGUUAAUACCAUUACUAUGGUUGUUUGCGCGUGCCGUUUUGUUGUUGCAAACGGUUUUCCCAUGGCAAUGUGGGUGGUCGAAGGGCAGGUGGGGUAGAAGAAGCUCCGCCUGGGGUGGCUACGAGUGGGGUCGAUGGAUAAACUCUAUU